AUGACAGAAGAUCCAGAAUACGUGUUCAUAAAAAUCGUCUUUCUCGGGAACUCACGUUUGCGCGUUGGUAGGGAACAUGCUUGGCUCAUCUCUCCCAAGAGAACUAAUGUAAUGGCUAUUCGAGACCUUGUCCUGCAAGCUUUCCCUCCGCUGCGGCUUUGUCAGGAUAGGACCACGGUGCUUCUUGAAAGAAGAUACACCAGCUUCGGUCGCAUCGUUCUCGAGCCAGCAGCUCAGGUGUCGAUCAUAGUUCUCCCUCCAUAG